GCAUCAGAGUCGCCCUCCCACCAUGAACCUGCUGUGCCGCGGGCGCCUGAACCUGCUGGUGGCGUCGCUCACGGCCGUGGUCCUGCUCACCUGGCUCUACCUGCUGGCUGGAAACCUGGAGAAUGGCCGCUCCCUCCUCCUCGCCCCCUGUCUGGCCGACACGCCUGCGGCUCAGGUCCUGGAGCGAGCCGUCCUGGAGUCCCGGGUCCGAGAGGUGGAAGAGGAGAACCGACAGAUCCGGCUGCAGCUCAGCCAGUCGCAGGGCGCCGCCGCCGCAGCCGCCCAGCAGCCGGACGGGAACUACGGUAACCAGCAGUGGGGGGCGUCGGCCGACACGGGACCUGAGGACGGGGACAACACAGCGGAGGAGAAGAGCAACCACACCGAGUGUCCCCGGUCCCCCCCCGUCCAGAAGUGUGAGCUGAUCCACGUGGCGUGCGUCUGUGCCGGUCACAACGCCACCAGAGACGUGGUCACGCUGGUCAAGUCCGUCCUCUUUCACCGGAGAAAUCCGCUGCACUUUCAUUUCAUCACAGACACAGUUGCCAAUCGUAUCCUGAGCUCCCUCUUCCAGUCCUGGAUGGUCCCGUCUGUACAAGUCAGCUUCUAUGAUGCAGACGAACUCAAGUCCGAGGUGUCGUGGAUCCCCAACAAACACUACUCAGGUAUUUACGGCUUGAUGAAGCUGACGCUAACCAAAGCUUUGCCCUCCGACCUGUCGAAGGUCAUCGUCCUGGACACGGACAUCACCUUCGCCACCGACAUCGCCGAGCUCUGGGGCAUUUUCAGGAAGUUUACAGAUAAAGAGGUGAUCGGUCUGGUGGAGAACCAGAGCGACUGGUACCUGGGGAACUUGUGGAAGAACCACAAACCGUGGCCGGCACUGGGCCGCGGCUUCAACACAGGCGUCAUCCUCCUCUACCUGGAGCGGCUGCGGAGGCUCGGCUGGGAGCAGAUGUGGCGUCUGACGGCCGAGAGAGAACUGAUGAGCAUGCUCAGCACGUCGCUCGCCGAUCAGGACAUCUUCAACGCCUUCAUCAAGCAGAACCCGGUGCUGGUCCACCAGCUGCCCUGCUUCUGGAACGUCCAGCUGUCUGAUCACACUCGCUCUGAGCAGUGUUACACCGAGGUGUCGGACCUCAAGGUGAUCCACUGGAACUCUCCGAAGAAGCUUCGCGUGAAGAACAAACACGUGGAGUUUUUCAGGAACCUCUAUCUGACCUUCCUGGAGUACGAUGGAAACCUGCUGAGACGAGAGCUGUUCGGCUGCCCGAGUCAGGCCGGUCCGCAGAGCGUCCAGCUGCAGACGGCUCUGGAGGACCUGGACGAGGACGAUCAAUGUUACGACUUCCGGCGGGAGCGUCUCACCGUCCACCGCGUGCACCUCUACUUCCUGCAGUACGAGUACACGCCUGCAGAGGACGACACAGAUAUCACGCUGGUCGCUCAGCUCUCCAUGGACAGGCUGCAGAUGCUGGAGGCCAUCUGUAAACACUGGGAAGGUCCCAUCAGCCUGGCGCUCUACAUGUCCGACGCUGAGGCUCAGCAGUUCCUGCGCUACGCUCAGGCCUCCGAGGUCCUCAAGAACCGCAAAAAUGUCGGAUACCACAUCGUCUACAAGGAGGGACAGUUCUACCCGGUCAACCUGGUGAGGAACGUGGCGCUGAAGAACGCCAACACGCCGUACGUGUUCCUGACUGACGUGGACUUCCUGCCGAUGUACGGCCUCUACGAUUACCUCAGGAAGUCCGUGGUGCAGCUGGACAUGGCGCACACUAAGAAGGCUCUGGUGGUUCCUGCGUUCGAGACGCUUCGUUACCGUCUGUCCUUCCCGAAAUCCAAAGCUGAGCUGCUCUCCAUGCUGGACAUGGGGACUCUCUACACCUUCAGGUAUCACGUGUGGCCCAAAGGUCACGCUCCUACCAACUAUGCCAAAUGGCGAACAGCCACCACCCCCUACAAGGUGGAGUGGGAGCCGGACUUUGAACCGUACGUGGUGGUGCGACGAGACUGUCCGGAGUACGACCAGCGAUUUGUGGGCUUCGGCUGGAACAAGGUGUCGCACAUCAUGGAGCUGGAUGCACAGGAGUACGACCUGAUGGUCCUUCCCAACGCCUUCAUGAUCCACAUGCCUCACGCUCCGAGCUUUGACAUCUCUAAGUUCCGCUCCAGCUCCAGUUACCGCAACUGUCUGAACACUCUGAAGGACGAGUUCCACCAGGACCUGUCCAGGAAGUACGGCUCGGCUGCUCUCAAGUACCUCACCGCCCAGAGGAACAUCUGAGAGCCAGCGAGUUCCGAGUCCGUCAGCCCCUGAGCUCUGGUAGCUCGGGUACGUACUGACACGGCGUCGCACGGUCGGCCAUAGUUACGCCCUGGUGCGAAUAUGACGGAAAAGCUUUACAGCCCCUUUGGAAAUAUGGCGGGCUCCUGUGCAUUAACCCUCCAGUCGACGAGACGCAGAGAUGAAGACUUGUCCAGGACGGAGUGAUGGCGGACUUCCUGAAUGCAGGACUGAGUGGGCUGAAGGGAUGAUCGGGGAGCGGAGCGUUCACACCGAUCAGACACGUUUUAUAUCUGGAAAAUGACCAUAUUCUUACAAUUUGUUCUGACAAUCAGGGCUUUUUCCAGAAGACAUGAACCAGUCCGUCCACGUGCAAAACUUCUGGACACUAGACUCAAAGACACUGAGACGGAGCCGAGUGGUUUUCAUAGAAGACAACGGAGUCGAACUGGAGAAAGAUUUAAGCCUUAUCACUUUACAUAUUUCAUGCUUUUCAUUUUUUUCUAGUUUAAAUCAAAACCAAUGAAUAAUUGCCGACAAUGUUUUGGUUAUAAUUUUUUCACAAAAAUCAUUUAUUUGUAAUUUUUAUCUAUUUUAUGACCUCAAUAUCCAUCACGUGUGUGCGUGGUCUUUAACAUGCUUCCUGCUUGUUGUCCAAAUCAGAUCCUCCUGCACGUGAUCAUGUUCUUCUUUUUAAUUUAUCGGAAAACAGAAAUCUUUCAGAUAAGUCGACACUGAACUUGACCGCAGACGUGUGACAGUGAGUUGAACUGAAGGAAGAUGUUGAAAUGAGAAGAAGUUCAGGAGCUUUUAGUUUCUCUAUGUGUCUGAUUCACUGGGUGAAUGUGCCGUCUACUGAACCUCCCUCCAACAACCAAUAUUAAUAAUAAUAAUAUUAAUAAUAAUAAUGUAUAUAAAGAUGAUCAGUAAUCUUAAAUAAAGAUGGACGACAAAUCUCCGCAUCCUCCUGCCGUACAAAACUGGAGUGAAUCCACGGUAUCAAGGCCUCACAAUACAUUCAUAUAUUUAUCAUUUGAUAGGGGAAUCAUUUAUUGUAAGUAAAACACAGAUAAUGUAUAAGAAUCAUUGACUAAUGA